AUGGGUAAUCGGUGGCCUGUGUGAACCUGAUGAGCUAAAGGGCCUGUUACUAUGCUGUAUCUCUCAACUAAGCCAAACAAAACAUUGUUUGAGAAAAAGGAGUGUAGGUAUCUUCCAUGCUAUUGGCAAUAUUUAUACCUCGGCCAAAUAUUACUAAAGCAAAUUUUCUAGUUUUUAAUGCCUGUUCAUUAUCUGUUUAUGGGAGCUUGUUGUUUGCAAAUCAGUUAUUGUGUUUCCUACAUUACCACAGUCACCAUGAUUUGAGCAUAGGCACAAAAUGCUGGAGUAACAGCGGGACAGGCAGCAUCUCUGGAUAAAAGGAAUGGGUGACAUUUCGGGUCGAGGGUCUCGAUCCCUCUAUCUAGAGAUGCUGCCUGUCCCUCUGAGUUACUCUAGCAGUUUGUGUCUAUCUUCGGUGUAAACCAGCAUCUGCAGUUCCCUCCGUACACAUGGUUUCGAGCGUCCUCUAUGCUGGCCAGCUCACAAGAUCAAUGGCCCCAAUGUCAGGUGAGAGAUUGCCAAAUAAGAUCUUCUACAGAGAGAUCGUAAAGUUUAGUUUUGUGUUAGAUUUUGUAAAAGAAUAUGCACUGCAGGAGGGAAGCAGUAAUGUUUCAUGGACUCCCUCCAACCAUUCUUGAAGCAAUUUAAAGGACUAGAUAGUUUGAGUGGCUGGGAAUAGAUUCAAGAGAUGUAGCAAAUUUGACUGGGGAGAAUUUCACUCGGAAUCGAUCCACCCAGUGAAGCCUCAUCCAUAAUGUAGAAUACAGUAUCUGCUGUAUACCAUGCCACCCAAAUCAUGCCUUUGUGUAUAAUGCACAUUCUAAUUAGAACAAAGUUCUAAUUGGACUGAGAUUUACAUUUUUUAAAUUUUGAAAUAAAAUGUAUUAAAUCUAUUAAGAAGCUUGCUUGGCAACCAUUGAAAUGAUGGAAUUCUUCUGUCAUUUUCAAUGAAUUUUAAUGAGAUUACUCACAAAUAGAGGUAGGAUACAUUCAUUAAAAUGCUUAAUUUUCAUGCCAGAUGUAGUUUCAGCUGUUUUAAUGAAACCCUACUCCAGCUUACCAUUCUUAAAUAUUGUAAAGUAUGAAAUCUUCUAAGGGAAAGAACAAAAAUGAUAUAAUUACAGAUCGCUUAAUUAUGCUACUACAUGGGAUGUUUAUCAUUCAUGAUUUCGCAGGUUUUAGCAAAUAUUUGGAAUGUGAUUUAAUUCUGGCAAUUUAAGCACAUGUUUGUAGCAAAUUGUCAACUGUUGCCAAAGCAGAGAUGUUACCAUCCUAUCGUUCUCCUCACCCAUGGUCAACAAUUGUCACUGUGUUUUUAGAUACCAUUCGAAGCUGAUCUAACUAAACAAAGCUCCUCUCCAACUGCUAAAUGUUCCACAUUCACAGCCUGCCUUUCUGCCCUUACGAUAAGGUGAUGGCACUUCAGUGUGAAGUCCUGGCCUUCACUGUUACGUGCUGAUGUUGGGAAGUGAGCGAAAGUGUGUCGGGGUGUGACAGUCUGGAGUCAGGGGGCCUCUGUGUUGACGGCACACUGUUUUGCCUGACACCCUCCCUCUUGCUGUGGUGCUUGCACUAGAGGUGUUGAAAACCUGGAGCAGUGGCCCAUACCCAACAUAUGGCCCUCCCACCCUCCUCCUCCUGUGUUGACACAAGCAGGUCACCCAUCAGAUUAAUUCCAAGGGGAAUUCCUGAGCCCAGAGCCUAUCUGCUUGCAAGGAGAAGUCGGGUAAGAGGAGUUGGUGGCGGCCGAGUAUAAAAAGAGCAGCAGGCAGAGUAAAGGGACACAGUCAACUUUGACUAAACCUGAAGCAGGCAGCUCUUGAGUGUGGAGGCAACGGAAACAACGCUCAGAAAUGAACGGGUGCACACAGAGAGGGCCCAGAGUCCCGGUCUAUCCCUGCGUGUAUUGUCUACACAGAGUUUGUGCUGAUCAUUUGCCAGCAGACGGAAGAGCUGCUGAUGUCUGGAGACCAUGGCAAAUCACACCCAAAGAUAUUGAACGAGAACAACAAAGACAAAUGGAAAAUCUGAAUUUCAGCACUGAACAGCCUCAGCAAAUGCCCAUUGAAGACAAAGAGCCAGCUUUCCGACACCCAGUCAAACUUUUCUGGCCAAAAUCAAAAUGUUUUGAUUACCUAUACGAAGAUGCAGCUUAUCUUUUGGCGAAUUUCCCAGUGCAGGCAACAAUUUCCUUCUAUCAGGAGAGUGAUAGCGAAUCUGAGAGCGAGGACGAUGAAUAAUGAAAUUCAGGAACCAUUGUAUAAAGACUCAAUUAUGCAACACUGAACUCCAGUAAAUGCACUGCUUGGAGUAAGAGGUAUAUUACCAGCAUGGGGACUGUUGAUCGGUAUUUUAUAUUAUUUACAUAUUUAUUUAUAAUUAAAAAACAAACUGAAUUCUUUUUGUAUUUAUGAAUCUACUUAAUUUUUUUUAAUAAAAUAUUUAAUUUAAUCUCUGUCUUCAUAAUUUUUACACCUGAUUUAAUGGAGAUUGCAAAUUGAGGCAACAUUUGCAAUGAACUGACCGAUUAAAAAAAAAAAUCACCAAGACAUUCAGUAACUCAGCGGGUCAGGCAACAUAUUUGGAGAACAUGGAUCGGUGACGUUUUGGGUCAGGAUACUUCUUCAAACUUACAUCUGAAAAUGGGUCCAGAUUGGAAACGUUGUGUAUACAUGUUCCCCAGAGAUGCUGCCUAUCCUGUUGAGUUGCUCCAGCACUUUGUGUCCUUUUAUGCAUUAACCAGCAUCUAUAGUUCCAUCUACAGAACCAGGCACACCUUUAGAAAAACUGUGUUGAGUAUAGUUAGAAUCACCUGCCUAUAUGGAAAAUUGUCCAAGGACCUUUACAAUCUUGCUGAUAUAUCUCUACAUUUCAGUGGGGUGCAAUAGGAAGCUUUUCAGUUUAGGGAAGUUUAAGAGAGUGACCAUUACAACCACUGGGAUCAUGUAAGCACAAUUCAAGCCAUUAUUCAAGAAAACCAUCAAAACGUUGUUUCUCUAUUUUCUUUCUGACAAUUAAAUCUUGCAAUUCUUUGAAGUUCUAUUAUUUAUCAAUUAUAUUUUCUAGUAUUCAGGUCAAGAGGGGAAUCUAAAUUAGUCAGGAAUAUUUCCUUUUUGAGGUUUUUCUUUUCCCCUAAUUAUUUUGCAUGAAGUCAUGAUGAAACAUGGGCUACAAUUAUACGUCACUGCCUGCCACAUGUAAUACCUUUGGGUGGCACAGAGGCGCAGCAGUAGAGUUGCUGCCUUACACUGCCAGAGGCCCGCGUUCUAUCCUGACUACAGGUGGUGUCUCUAAGGAGUGUGUAUUUUCUCUCUGUGACCUGCAUGGGAUUUAUCCGGGUGUUCCGGUUUCCUCCCACAUUCCAAAGACGUACAGGUUUGUAGGUUAAUUGGCUUUGGUAAAAUUGUAAAUUCUUCAUAGUGUGUAUGAUAGUGUUCUUUGGUAUUCUCAUCAUUGAGUAAAAGGUCGUCAUCAUUGUGACAUAACUCAAUGUCCAGAGUCCAAUGGCAGUAAAAAAAACAAUAUUUUUAAAUAAUGAAACAUUCACUGCGCUUCUGUGACCAGAGAGGUAAACAGGUAAACAGGAUUGGGUUAUCCACCUGUAACUCACCAAGUCUUACCAACUUCCUCCUAAACCUUUCAACUCAUUUCCAAUAGUACCUGAAAUUUCUGAGCCAUCAACUUGGUUCACCCCGUUAAGGCUGAGAUACCUCAUAAAGCAUAGACCACGUAUCUUAAAUGAAAGCUGAUUGUGCAAGUUAGUUCUUGUUAACUGAUUAACACAAUCCAAUUACUCCUGUUAGUGUACAGGGAUCGCUGGUCAGCGCAGGCCCAGUGGGCUAUAGACCAUGUGUCUUAAACUAAAACUAAACUAAACUAAAAUCUAAACUUCCAACCAAUAAGUAUCAUAAAUCUUGUGUGGAAUAUUGUGUGGAGGAGCUAUUAAAGCAGCAGGCCAACAAAUAUUGGGGCGUUUAAGGACAAUCUAUGUUUGAGUAGCGAAUUAGAAAGGAAUCAUUUACUUCUGGCAGGUGAUGUAUCAUGAUGCUGAGUGAAGGGGGCACAUGGAGCAAGAAUUGGAUCAGCUGAGUAUCAUUCCCACUCAAAGAGAUUUGAAAAUAUUGAUGUCAUUGGUGAAAAUUUCAUGAUGAAUGAUGUGGCUGCUGCAUGCCAAGGACCCUCUGUGAAUAGAUUCAAGAUUAUUUAAUGACCACACAGGCAAGCUGGUGGAUUUCGUGUUCAGUACAGGAUGUUACACAAUAAGCUGAUUCCAGUCAUGCAGACAUACAGUUUGUGGUACAGAAAAACACAGUAAGCAGAACAUAACAUAACAUAAAACACAGACAACAUACAGUAUACAGUACAUGCACGGGGUGGCUUUGAGAUAUUAUCAUAGUGUUCAGAGUUCGAAUUGCAUAUGGGUAGAAACUGUUUUUGAAUCGUGAUGUUUUGGCAGGCAGUGAGCUGGAACGCCUCCCUGAGGGCAGCAGGUGGAAGAUGUGGUGAGCUGGGUGGGAGGGAUCAGAAAUGAUUUUCUUCACCCUUGACACGGACCGUUUGAGAUCGAGUGAUUCUAUUGAUGGGAGGGGGGGUGCUGAUGAUUUUGGAUGCUUUGUUGACAAUGCGCUGUAGUUUAUUACAGGAGUGAGUGUCCAAACUGCUGUACCAAACUGUUAUUGAUGAAGUGAGCAUGCUUUGGAUGAUGGCUGUGUAAAAUCGGAUUAGGAGAUGUUUCCUAGUAUACACCUAAUAUCCCCCCAACAAGAUAUAUGCAGUUUCUAAUCACUAUUUUAUAAGUUUCUUGUCUUCAAAAGUGAUAAGAGCUGAAUUAGCUCCUAUACCACCAGGGGGCGCCGUACAAUGGCUGCCUCACCAACGGUCUGUCAUGUUUUUCUUUCUUUGUGUUUUGAGUUUGUUGUAAAAUGUAUGUUUAAGUUUAUCUUUAGUUUUGUAUUAUGUGGGUUGGGGGGGAUCUUUUUUUAUCCCUUUCCUCGAUGGAGAUGCGACUUUUUCCGUGUCGUAUCUCCAUCCGCGCUGCAGUCUAACAUCGUGGAGCUGGCGGCCUCUUGCUGGGUCCUUGGGAGCUCCAACUGUGGCAGCCUGCGAACUUAACACUGUGGAGCUUCGACCGUACGAUCGCGGGAGCUUCGAUCAUCCCUACUCUGGAUGAUUCGACUCUCCCGACCUCGGGAGAAAAAGGAGGAAAGAAGAUAAGACUUUGUUGCCUUCCAUCACAGUGAGGAAUGUGGAGGCGCCGCUGUGGUGGAUUUUUAUGUCAAAUUAACCAGUUGUGUGUCUUAUUGCUUUUUUGGUAUGACUGUAUGGUAAACCAAAUUCCUCGUAUGUUGCAAAAAAUACUUAAGUAAUAAAUUAUGAUCAUGAUUAUGAGCAGAAGUAGGCCAUUGGGUCCAUCAAGCCUACUACGCCAUUCAAUCAUGGCUGAUCUAUCUUUCUUUCUCAACCCCAUUCUCCUGCCUUCUCCCCAUAACCCCUGAUGCCUGUACCAAUCAGGAAUCUGUCAAUCUCCGCAAUAAAAUUAUCUAACAAUGGCCUCCACAGCCUUCUGUGACAAUCAAUUCCAGAUUCACUACCGUCUGACGAAGGAAAUUCCUCCUCAUCUCCUUCCUAAAGGUAUGUCCUUUCAUUCUGAGGCUAUGUCCUCAGGUUCUAGAUUCUCCCACUAGUGGAAACACCCUUUCAACAUCAACUCUAUCCAGGCAUUUCACUAUUCGGUACGUUUCAAUAAGGCCCCCCUUUAUCAUUCUAAACCAGCAAGUACAGGCCCAGUGCCUGUGAUCAAUUUGUCAUCAUUUUUUGGGUGGAACAUGAACACAUUGUCCUCAGUGAUAACAUUUAUAGCCCAUAAUUCCUUGUUAGAUCUCUCAAUCAAUGUCUUUGUGCCAACACUAAGAACCAACAUUCUCUGAUAUGCUUUAGUAACAUUCAUGGUCAAGAACAAAGCAUUGCUUUAAUGGAAUGUGAUCCUAAACAUUGCUAUGAAUUCCAGAACUCCAUAUAAUAGAUAAUUAACCAGAGAAAAUGAAAGAGUUUAUUUGCUGGAACAUAUCUAUGAAAUACAAAACAAACAAAAAAUGCUUGUAAUAAUUCUUGCAUCGCCAUUCCACCUUGAUCGUUGCACAUCUGAGACCCCUCAAUAGAACCCACGGAGAGCAUUGCAUAGCUGACUUCUCAAUGUUUGUUUGCUGUGGAGGUGGUGUAGAUGUUAACGGAGAAGAUACUCUACUGUAAUACUCAAUGUCAGAUAAGUUGAGUUGCUUAUCUCUUCCAUACAAUUAUGGUUAUAGGAAAUGAUGGUUUUCUACACCUCCAGCCUGAAGCUGGGAAUCCUUAAUGAUGGAUGCCACCUUAUUGAGGCCUCAUGUUGCUGGUAGGAAGGGCUGUGCCUGUAAUGUACCUUGCUGAGCCUUUUGCGUUCCCGUGCUGUGGAAUUGCUGUACCAGGCAAUGAUACAAUCAGUCAGGAUACUUUCUACAGUGCAUCUGUAGAAUUCAGUGACAUGCCAAAUUUCCUUAAAGUUCGCAGAAAGUAGAAGUUCUGUUAGGUUUCUUUAUGACUAUGCCUAUGUGCCACACCCAGGAAUUUAAACUGCUAUCUCUCUCUCCACAACUGGCCCAUCAAUGAAAACUGGUGUCUCC